AGUGGUUUUUACAACUUCUCAAUAUAUACAUUAGCUCCCUUUGGCUCAAUUCCAAUCCUUUCCGGGAAAAAGCAAAAACAAUUACAUCCUACCGAACUAGCUCCGUGUAGGUGCUAGUUUAGUUUCUUGCCCCUCUUGUUCAAUCGCAGGUGGGGUGACCCAAGUAACAGCGGCCGGGAGCAAUAACGUUUGUCGAGGAGAGGAGUCACCAGGCUUGCUCGUGUGCUUGACAUUGACCUGACAGAUACAAGUUCCCGAGACAGUGACCGACCCAAACACUGGAAACACACAAGCCCGACUACCGCCUAGACGAGUACCUGCCUCGGCGACCUCCCCCUCCUCCUCCUCCCACCCAUCUCCCUUCCGCCCUCACACCAUACCCGCCAUGGCCGCCCCCUCCAGCGCGCCGCCGUCGGCCGCCAAGAAGGCGCUCGGCCUGGUCGACGUCGACGGCCACGACCUGCCGCCGUCGCCGGCGCCGUCCAGCCCCAGCAACGGCCGGCGGCGCUACGCCCUGGCCACGGAGCUCGUCUACACCGAGUCCAAGGACCAGUACGGGGCCUCGAGCAUGCCCAUCUACCAGUCGGCCACCUUCAAGCAGGCGACGGCGGCGGGCGGCAACGCCGAGUACGACUACACGCGGUCGGGCAACCCGACGCGCACCCACCUCGAGCGCCACCUGGCCAAGAUCAUGAACGCCGCCCGCGCCCUAGCCGUCGGGUCCGGCAUGGGCGCCCUCGACGUCAUCACGCGCCUGCUGCGGCCCGGCGACGAGGUGGUGACGGGCGACGACCUGUACGGCGGCACCAACCGCCUGCUGGCCUACAUGUCGGCCAACCAGGGCAUCCUCGUGCGCCACGUCGACACCACGAACCCGGCCCGCGUGUCGGCCGCGCUCUCGGCCCGCACCGCCAUGGUGCUGCUCGAGACCCCGACCAACCCGCUCAUCAAGAUCGUCGACGUGCCCGCCAUCGCCCGCGCCGCCCACGACGCCAACCCAAAGGCCCUCGUCGUCGUCGACAACACCAUGCUCUCGCCCAUGCUCUGCAACCCGCUCGACCUGGGCGCCGACGUGGUCUACGAGUCGGGCACCAAGUACCUCUCGGGCCACCACGACAUCAUGUCGGGCGUCGUGGCCUGCAACGACGCCGCCCUCGCCGACCGCAUGUACUUCACCGUCAACGCCACUGGCUGCGGCCUCAGCCCAAACGACUCGUUCCUGCUCAUGCGCGGCGUCAAGACGCUGGCCGUGCGCAUGGAGAAGCAGCAGGCAAACGCCCAGCGCAUCGCCGAGUUCCUCGAGUCGCGCGGCUUCCGCGUCCGCUACCCGGGCCUGGCCUCGCACCCGCAGCACGACCUGCACUUCUCCAUGGCCCGCGGCGCCGGCGCCGUGCUGUCGUUCGAGACGGGCGACCCCGACCUGUCGCAGCGCGUCGUCGAGGCCGCCCGCCUCUGGGCCAUCAGCGUCAGCUUCGGCUGCGUCAACAGCCUCAUCAGCAUGCCCUGCCAGAUGAGCCACGCCAGCAUCGACGCCAAGACGCGCGCCGAGCGCCAGAUGCCCGAGGACAUUAUCCGCCUGUGCGUCGGCAUCGAGGACGUUGAGGAUCUAAUUGAUGACUUGUCGAGGGCUCUCGUUCAAGCCGGCGCCGUCUCCCUCACCGUCGACGGCUUCCACGCCACCGGAAAGGCUCUGGAGAUCGGCCAGACCCCCAUGGCCGUGACCUCGUCGUCCGGUGCCGAGUCAUCGGGCAGCGAGAAGCCGGCUGAGAGCUCUGCCUAGUCGUCAUUCUAGAGAGUACCCCCUAUUUUGUGUAUAUCCGCGCUCCUGCCUUCUCCUACAUCUCACACACGCCGUGUCUCGCUCCGUGUUCUCUUUUGUCCUCCCUCCUAGGAUCAUUGGCGCAGCAAAUCAACGGGUGGCGUUCUGGGCGUCUUUUAUUUAUCUCAUUUCUCCCCUGUAGAAAAGCAUGAAAAUGGGAGGCAUAAAAAAAGAGCAGGCUUUGCUGGUACGCACCAAUAUUGUUUUUUUUUUUUUGCGUAUUGUUGGAAACGAGAAGCCGUAGUUACUGGUUUGUUUGAAGACUGGUGGAACAAAAACUAGCUCCGACAGAAAAUCCCAGGUGGAAAAUGGCCCUAGACUGCCUCCCAGUGAAAUAGCCUCCUCCGAAAAUAGCAUCCCUGCAAAAUUGAAAACAUACCACCCA